UUCUGGAAGCUCCAGACUCUUCUAAUAAAAAUGGAGCCAACUAAACCCUAACUUAGAGUCUUAAGAGCUUUCUCGUAGUUGCCUCCUUAUCCACACGCAGCAGAAAAUGGCUUCUUCUAAUGCUCUUUCGUCAGCUGCUAUUUUCUGCUCUCCCAAACGGGGGAGUCUGGUAAGAAGACAGCAGAGUAAUAACCAGAGAGUAAAUUAUAGAAGAUUUUCUGUCCGAGCAGCUGCAAAGGAGAUUGCCUUUGAUCAGAACUCCAGAACUGCAAUGCAGGCCGGCAUAGAUAAGCUUUCAGAUGCUGUUGCUUUGACUCUCGGUCCCAGAGGGAGAAAUGUUGUUCUGGAUGAGUUUGGGAGUCCCAAGGUUGUUAAUGAUGGAGUAACAAUAGCCCGAGCAAUUGAGUUAGCUGAUCCCAUGGAAAAUGCUGGAGCUGCUCUUAUUAGGGAGGUUGCAAGUAAAACAAAUGACUCUGCAGGUGAUGGGACAACGACUGCCUCAGUGCUUGCACGAGAAAUCAUUAAACUUGGGCUUUUGAGUGUCACCUCUGGUGCAAAUCCAGUGUCAGUGAAGAGAGGAAUUGAUAAAACCGUACAAGGGUUGGUAGAAGAGCUUGAGAAGAAGGCUAGGCCUGUAAAAGGCCGUGAAGAUAUAAAAGCUGUUGCUUCCAUUUCUGCUGGGAACGAUGACCUUAUUGGGACAAUGAUUGCUGAUGCAAUUGACAAGGUUGGGCCUGAUGGUGUGUUGUCCAUCGAAUCAUCAUCCUCAUUUGAGACUACCGUGGAAGUUGAGGAAGGAAUGGAGAUUGACAGAGGUUACAUUUCCCCCCAGUUUGUCACCAACCCAGAGAAAUUAAUUGUAGAAUUUGAGAAUGCUAGAGUGUUGAUCACAGAUCAAAAGAUUUCAGCUAUAAAGGAUAUAAUCCCCUUGUUAGAGAAGACUACACAAUUAAGAGCUCCUUUGCUCAUAAUUGCUGAGGAUGUCACUGGUGAGGCUCUGGCUACACUUGUUGUGAACAAGCUACGUGGUAUCCUUAAUGUUGCAGCUAUUAAAGCUCCUGGUUUUGGUGAGCGAAGAAAAGCCCUUCUUCAAGAUAUUGCCAUUUUGACUGGAGCUGAGUUUCAAGCUAGUGAUUUGGGCUUGCUCAUUGAGAACACCUCAGUUGAACAGCUAGGUAUAGCUAGGAAGGUGACCAUUGCCAAGGACUCAACCACCAUUAUUGCAGAUGCUGCAUCAAAGGAUGAGUUACAAGCUAGAAUUUCUCAGCUGAAGAAAGAGUUGGCUGAGACAGAUUCUGUAUAUGACACAGAGAAACUAGCUGAGAGAAUUGCCAAAUUGUCUGGUGGAGUUGCUGUUGUUAAAGUGGGAGCUGCAACAGAAACCGAGCUCGAGGACCGUAAGCUCCGCGUUGAAGAUGCUAAGAAUGCAACUUUUGCUGCCAUAGAGGAAGGGAUUAUACCUGGUGGUGGUGCUGCACUAGUUCACCUCUCUUCUUAUGUUCCUGCAAUUAAGGAUAAGCUUGAGGAUGCUGAGGAGCGGCUAGGUGCGGACAUUGUGCAGAAGGCUCUGGUGGCACCUGCAUCACUGAUAGCACAGAAUGCCGGAGUUGAGGGUGAGGUUGUCGUGGAGAAGUUGAAAAUCAGUGAAUGGGAGAUUGGCUACAAUGCCUUGACAGACAAGUAUGAGAACCUACUGGAAGCUGGAGUGAUUGAUCCAGCAAAGGUGGCAAGAUGUGCAUUACAGAAUGCAGCAUCAGUGGCAGGAAUGGUCCUCACCACCCAGGCUAUUGUUGUGGAAAAACGAAAGCCAAAAACUCCAGCAGCAGCUCCCCCACAAGGCCUUAUGGUAUGAUCUCUUUGCUAGGACUUAUCGGAAGCAGGUUAGGGUUUUAUUGGUUUGUUGAGGUGAACAAGAUUUUACCAUUAUCGAUAUGAAGACAUGCCUUUUUUGUAAUGAGAUUGUUGUUGCAAUGUAGUCUACGAUAGCAUUGUGGCAUCAUAACAUUAAUGGAGGGUUCCGAAUAUAUAAUAAUUCAAAGAGAUGUACAAAUGUCACAAAAGUUUCAAUUUAUAAAUAACGUGGUGUUUGCUAAAA